AUCUCUAUCUUUCUUACACCGGAAGUACUUCACUUUCCUUUUCCGCCUCGGCUCCGGCGCCCGAAACACGAGUGUUCAUCUUUUCUCUCUUUAGCUGGAGACGCAGUGAACAUACCGGAUAGAGUGGCAACACAUCGCGGACAGAAAUGAAACCCAUCCUGCUCCAGGGCCACGAGAGGUCCAUCACCCAGAUCAAGUACAACAGAGAAGGAGACCUGCUGUUCUCUGUGGCCAAAGACACGGUAACCAACGUGUGGUACUCUGUCAACGGCGAGAGGCUCGGCACCUACAAUGGACACACGGGAGCUGUGUGGUGUGUCGACUGCGACUGGGACACAAAAAAUGUAUUGACGGGAUCGGCCGACAACAGCUGUCGACUGUGGGACUGUCAGACCGGUAAACAGCUGGCCCUGUUCAACACCAACUCCGCUGUCAGGACAUGCGGCUUCGACUUCAGCGGCAACAUCAUCAUGUUCUCCACAGACAAGCAGAUGGGUUACCAGUGCUUCCUGAACUUCUUCGACCUGAGGGAUCCACAGCAGAUCGAGGACAACCAGCCCUACCAGACGAUUCCCUGCACCGACCACAAGAUCACCAGUGCCGUUUGGGGACCCCUGGGAGAGUUUGUCAAUGCCGGCCAUGAGAACGGAGAGAUCAACCAGUUCAGCGCCAAGUCUGGAGAGAUCCUGAACAAGGCCAAGGAACACACCAAGCAUAUCAACGACAUGCAGACGUCUGUGGACCUCACCAUGUUCGUCACUGCCUCGAAGGACAACACUGCUAAGCUCUUUGACUCCACCUCUCUGAACCACAUCAAGACUUUCAAGACGGAGAGACCCGUCAACUCCGCCGCCAUCUCCCCCAUCAUGGAUCACGUGGUGAUGGGAGGUGGACAGGAAGCCAUGGAGGUCACCACCACCUCCACCAGGAUCGGCAAGUUUGAGGCCAGGUUCUUCCACGCUGCCUAUGAAGAAGAGUUCGGCAGGGUCAAGGGGCAUUUCGGCCCCAUCAACUGCGUGGCAUUCCACCCCGAUGGCAAGAGCUACAGCAGCGGAGGAGAAGACGGAUAUGUAAGGAUUCAUCACUUUGACCCACAUUACUUUGACUUUGAGCUGGAGGCAUAAAGGAUCCGGCUCCUUGACCCCACAGCUUCAACUACAUCACUCAGCCAAGUCAGGAAGAGGAAGAGGGAGUACGGACCAGUCACAUAAUACUUCAAAUAAAGGAAAAGACCACGGCUCAGAGACGAGACAGUGGUGUAUUUCAAAAGGUCAUUUUUGUAAUUUCACUCGGAAACUUGUCUUGGUAGGAUCAGAAGAAUUAAGAGUUCAAUUUUUGUACCUUGGAUCUGCAAAGUUAGCAUGACUAGACUGGACCCACACCCCCCGGUUCCUGAACUUUAUUUAACCUGAUUCUAUGACUGAGUAGAAUGAGUUAUUAACACUGUUAAGCCAUUCCACCAUGAAUCUCCAUAAAAUGACUUAUUGACUUCAA